GCCAUGUAUGUGGAACUUUCCACUCCUCGCAUUGCUGCAUGGAACGAUUUUUUGGUCAAGCAACACAUAAAGUUGGAGUUGGAAAUGCCUGGAGGAUUGGCAAAGUUGAGUUGGUUAGCACAUCGGAGGAGCAAGAUGAAACAAAAAAAAAUAAGGCUCAUGCAGUUGAUGACCCAGUUGACCCAGAUGAGAAUGAAGACUUUGAUGUUAUUUGUGCUCGCAUGGAGGCAACACAACGUCAAAUCACCGAUGCACAAAGUCGUCUUAAUAGUCUUAUUGCAUCAUACAACCGUGAGAUGAAAGUGUUGAGGACUUGUUUCACCUCUUCACAUUAUCGCACAAAUGAAGGCCAACGGUCGAAUUGUCAUGAACAUGUUAAUGAAAGUGAUGCACCAUUUUAUACAAAUAAUCCACAACAUUCACCUGUUCAUUCUGGUGGUUAA